UCAGAGUCAAAAACGUUAGUACAAAAAGAGAUAUUUCUUUUGAUUUCAACAUUCAUUUUAAAUUAAGUUAUCAAACACCAUUUACAAAUCACAAGCAGUUAUAUAAAAAUUUGUGCGUCGCAGUGAACAUAUUCGGAUUUUUAUGCUCAGAUCAUUAGCUUAGCUGAUAAAAAAAAAUUGGAGGAACGAAACGUUGACGAAUGGUUGUCGGUUUUUAUUUCGGCACAAUUUCUUGUUAAUUUUCCUCAAUAUUGGCGUUCUUUUCAUAAUUCAUUUAGUGCAAUAAAUAGAAUAAUGGGUCUCACAAUAUCUAGUGUUUUUACAAGGCUUUUCGGAAAGAAACAAAUGCGUAUACUCAUGGUGGGGCUCGAUGCCGCCGGUAAAACCACUAUACUAUACAAGUUAAAACUUGGUGAGAUCGUGACUACCAUACCUACUAUUGGAUUCAACGUCGAGACUGUGGAGUACAAAAACAUUAGCUUCACGGUAUGGGAUGUCGGCGGUCAGGAUAAAAUAAGGCCAUUGUGGCGUCAUUACUACCAAAACACACAAGGACUUAUUUUUGUGGUAGACUCGAGUGACACAAAGAGAAUAGCAGAAGCUGAAAAUGAGCUAGCUAAUAUGCUAAAAGAAGAUGAAUUAAAUGAUGCAGUUAUCCUUGUAUUUGCCAACAAACAGGACAUGCCAAACGCAAUGACCGCAGCUGAGCUUACAAAUGCUCUCAAUUUAAACAACCUGAGAAACCGUCGUUGGUACAUUCAGGCAACUUGUGCAACGCAAGGACAAGGGCUCUAUGAGGGCCUGGACUGGCUUUCAAAUGAAUUGGCAAAGAAGUGAGACAUGUCAUAGUUGGUAUUCAGAGGGGAUCUACACAUAAUACAUUCCCAUGACAAACGACAUCUAACAUCGUGAAUGUUGUUCAAGCUAUAUAAAACCAAGAGACUAUGAAAAUUUAUAUGUAAUUUAUAUUAAUUAGGGUAAAUAAGGUGUAUUUUCAUCCACAUUAAGUGAACUUGUCAGACAUAACAAUUUACAUUAGUAUUAAAUUUUUUGUCUUUCUCUUUAACUUUUAUAUUAUUUGUAAGGAUUUCUUUUUUCAUUUUGAUUCAUUCCAUAUUUUUUAAAGUUAUUCUGAUUUUGUUCAUGAAUAGUUUAUCAAUUGAUUUGUACCAAUUGCAUUCAAAACAUAGAUUUAAUUGUUCUUAUUGAGUAAUACAUUUAUAUAGUGUGAUAGUAAUUGUUUAUAUAUUUUGUAAAUUAAAAAUUCGAUGCUUAAUUACAGUAUAAUCUCUGCACAAUUAUUUAAAAUCGCAUGCUUUUACCGAAUUGCGAAAUAUUUGAGGCUGGCAUUACUAAACAAUUUUCUUGCUACUAUCCUACAUGUUUAUACAUUAGUAAUCGAAGACACCACCUUUUAUACAGUAUGAACUGCCUAAUAUAAAUUUACCUACAAAUAAAUGCUGUGCUGGAGUAAUGUAGAUAAUUCGAUUCUACAAAUUUUCCCUUUAAGUUUCAAAGCUCUUAUCAUAAUAGUGACAAUAAUAAUUUCACAUACCAUAGAUAAAUAAUUGCAAAUGUUUAUAUCCUUCAGUGUUAGGUGUAUAAGUAAAUGUGACUCUGUUGCACAUUUCUUCCGAUUUAAUUUUUAUUUUAAAUUAAUAAAUCUUGAAAGAGAUUUGUGCAACUAAGUAGCACAAAAUGCCUUUUGUAUUCAUGAAAAGUUGCCACUUUUGAUGUAAUCUAAUAUAACCUUUUAUUAAACUCUCAGACUCUGGUGGAUGGGUAUAUUGUCUGUAAUGAGUAAAAACUAUGAAAACGUCUUCCCCAUAGGAUGCACUUAAAAAUACGGAGAGCGGAUGAGUAGCCAUCUAGAUAAUUCUUACUUGAUUUUUCCUAAGGUUGCAAUAUAAUAUAAUGUAUAUAAUGAAUAAAAUGUCCCAUUGGCCAAACAUUGUAACGUUUUAAAUUUCUAUCUUGAUUAAAUAUGCUAUAUAAAGAUAUUGGUAAGAUUAGUGGCAAAUAAAAUUGUAGCUGUAAUUAUCAAAGAUUUUUAUUUACAUCAAAAUGCAAUAAUGGCAAAUUAAUUCGGUUCAUAAGUUAACAAAACAAAAAUCAAUCUUAGCAAUAGAUAGUGCAUUAAAUUAUUUGUAAAUAUAGAUAUAUUGUCAUACUGCAUAAACAUACAUACCUAGCUAGUAAAAACAUAAAAGUGAGUAACUACCUUACAAAAAUAUGGCGAUAUUAUAAAACUUUUCUAUGCUUGUAUCGUGGAGAGUUUUCUGAUGUUUCCAAUUUUUAUUUACCUAUUUGUGACUCCAAUUUGCAUUCCGUUUUUCAACAAAACUCCGAAUUCCUUCUUGACCAUCAUCAAUAUUGAUAUUUUGUACCAUAGUGUCUUCACCCAACUUAUACGCUUCGAGCAGAUCUAAAUCAA